UCUCACUCAUCGUCUUGUUUCGCUAUCAGUGGAACCGUUGGGGGAAGGAGUCUAAUAGUAUUAUUUUCACUGUCUGUCUGUGAGAGAGAGAGCUGAUCGAUCCUGUUGUUGUAGCGACUUUAAAGGAUAACAUUCGAAGAACAGCUCUGUGUUAAAAAGGUAUCUACAUUUUAGCAGCUUACUAUUUUCAGACCCCAUUUUGCUCUGUUAAGGAUGGGGAAGACUCCUGGUAAAUGGAUCAAGACUUUGCUUCUCGGGAAGAAGUCCCCCAAGUCGAAUUUGGAAAAUCGAAGCGAGAAACUGAGAUCUGCUAAGAAAGAAGAGCUGGUGGUAUCGGUGACAGAAGAUUUUUCAAACUUAACGGUUGAUCCUCCAGUGGUUUCAUCACAACCAGUUCCUGCUUCUACUGCUCAAAAUGUGGUUUCUCCAGAAAAUGACAAUGAGCCGAAGGAUAAUCUUGAGUCAAGAAAUGACUUGGGAGAACUCGAGCUUGAACAAGCUGCAACUAAGGUUCAAGCUGCUUUCAGAGCUCAUCAGGCGCGUAGAGCAUUUCGAACCCUUAAAGGUAUCAUCAGGCUGCAGGCAGUUAUCCGUGGUCACCUGGUCAGAAGACAAGCCAUUGCAACAUAUUCGUGUAUAUGGGGAAUUGUGAAGUUUCAGGCUCUUGUUCGUGGCCGGAAAGCUAGAUCUUCAGAUAAUGGGAUUCAAUCUCAGAGAACACAUAUGGAAGCCGGUGAUUCAGAAGCUUUCCAAUCGAGCACUUAUAGUUGGAUGGACAAUCCCCCAAAGUUCGUCCUUGUUAAUAAGCUUCUAGCUUCUUCACCAACUGCAUUGCCUCUGAAGAUCCAAUAUGGUCCUGAGGAACCUAACUCAGCCAAGGUUUGGCUUUUACGCUGGACACAAUUGCAAGUUUGGUCUUCUGGCUCACGAGUAGCUAGGGUUGAGAUUCCAAAACCUCAGUCAAAGAAGCGAAAUUAUCAAGCAGUGGUUGAAGCAGAUAAGGCAAGGCCAAAGCGAGUUAUCAAGAAACCAUCUGGUCCAAAUAGUGGAACUGGCUCCAGCCGUUCUACAGCUGAAACUGAUAAACCUAAACGAAAUGUGAGGAAGGCCUCCACGCUUAGUAAAGAGGCCCUGAGAACUGAGAGUGACAAAGCUAAGCCCCAUUCGAGAAAAAGCAGAAGCGCCUCAAAAGAGGGGUCUCCUUUGGAAAUUAAAGAUGAGAAGCCCAGUCCUAGUCUCAAAAGGUCUUCUCUUUCGAAGGGGUCAAAGAAAGCCACCCUUAGAUCUACUGAGAAGAAGAAGAAAGAUACUGCUGAUUCUGUUCAGAUAGAGCAUGAAGAGAAAGUUUCAGGGAAGGUUCUUGAAGGAGGAGACCAUAUUGAGUCGGCUGAAACAGAGAAAAGUACUCUAGAUUCUGUGCAGAUAGAGCAUGAAGGGAAGGUUGUUGAAGGAGAAGACAGUAUUGAGGUUGCUGGAAAAGAGAAAGAUGCUGCAGAUUCUCUGCAGAUAGAGCCUGAAGGGAAGGUUCUUGAGGAAGGAGGCAACAUUGAGUUUGCUGAAAAGGAGAAAGAUAUCACAGAUUCUGUGCGGAUAGAGCCUGAAGUGAUGGUUCUCAUAGGAGGAGAUAAUAUUGAGUUUACUGAAAAGGAGAAAGAUAAAACUGAUCCGGUUCCGGCAGAGUUCGAUGUUGUACAAGAUGAGAACUCACCGGUUUUGGAGGAAGAUGAACCCAAAACUGCAGAGACCAAUGAUAAAGGUGAAGACCUCAAAUGUUCAGAUGUGAAGGUAAUCUCUGAGCACAGUAAUGUUUGUUCUGAUAACACAAAGCCUACUGAAAGAAAAGUGUUGCUGCCGGCAAAAAUUGACAAUCAAGAUCACGGACUUACACAAAGCGGACGGAAAAUCCCCAGCUACAUGGCCCCGACUGCAUCUGCAAAAGCCAGAGUCAAAGGAGAAGAGUCUCCGAGGUUUUCCCUAGAGAAGACUGAGAUAAAUGGGCCAUUGCGACGCCAUUCACUGUCAUCUCCAGCCAAUGGUAAGCUGAGUACUACUACCAUGUCCCCAAGGGCUCACAAACUUCUCCUAGCCUCAGCUAAAGGAUCUAUGAAUGGUGACAAAUCUUUUACUUCUUCCAAGGACGUUACUCACAAGUCAACAAGAACUGACUGGAAACGGUGAAGGCUCAGGCAAAAGAGAGUGUCAUCUCAUCAUUUUACAUGGUCGAAUUCAAUUACUUAGUGUGUUUCCUCUGCUUUUUGGUUUGGUUUGGUGAGCUUAGAGUGUUUGGUCAGUGUUCAUGUUAAUAACAUCCUUAUCAUACAUGUUGCUUCAGUUUACUCUGAUAUGUUUGAAGACACAAAAAGUUUGAGUAAAUAGUUCAUCCCUGUAUACAUCUUUUCA